AACGCCCUCUCACCCAUGAUGAUCCCUGAGAACUUCCCGCAUGUGCCGCUCAUCACCGUCACCCACAACCCUGUGUCCCCCCGCUUCAUCAAGAUCAUCCAGGUUAAAAACAAGAAGUUGGGUGAACUGCUACGAAAAAAAGUUCACCUUGCCCAGCCAUAUGGCGGUGUCUUUCUAAAGCGAGAUGACAACGAUGAGUCCGAUGUGGUUGAGAACCUGGAUGAAAUUUACCACAUGGGAACUUUCAUCAACAUUCAGGAAAUGCACGAUCAGCAUAUGAUAGUCAUGGGACACAGAAGGAUUCGUAUAAACAAACAAUUAAAGGUAGCCCCUGAGAUACGGGAACUAGAAAAUGAACAGAAAAGGAGAAAACCCAAGCUAGCCAAGGAGGAGGCAGAGGAGGAACAAAGUGCCAAAAACCAGGUGGUAGACCUGGUGAUAGAACCUGCCACCAGUUCUGGGGAUGAAAUACUCAUGGUAGAAGUGGAAAAUGUACUCCAUGAAAACUUCCAAGUCAAUGAGGAAGUUAAAGCCUUUAUUGCAGAAAUUGUGAAGACAAUUCGAGAUAUCAUUGCUUUGAAUCCCCUCUAUAGAGAGUCUGUGAUUCAGAUGAUGCAGGUUGGGCAGAGACCUCUGGACAAUCCCAUCUUCUUGAGUGACUUGGGGGCAGCGCUGACAGGAGCCACAUCUCAGGAGCUGCAGGAUGUCCUGGAAGAAACAAACAUUCCAAAUCGGCUCUACAAGGCCCUCUCUCUGCUCAAGAAGGAAUUGGCAUUGAACAAACUGCAGCAGCAUCUGGGCCAGGAGGUAGAAGAGAAAAUCAAGCAAACUCACCGCAAGUACCUUCUGCAAGAGCAGCUAAAAAUUAUCAAGAAAGAGCUGGGCCUAGAGAAAGAUGAUAAAGAUGCCAUUGAAGAGAGAUUCCGAGAACGUUUAAAGGAGCUUCUUGUUCCCAAGCACGUCAUGCAUGUGAUUGAUGAGGAGAUCAGAAAAUUGGGCUUCUUGGAUAAUCAUUCCUCAGAGUUCAGUGUCACCCGAAAUUGCUUGGACUGGUUGACUUCCAUACCCUGGGGAAAGUACAGUGAUGAGAAUCUGGAUCUGUCCCGAGCCACACAAGUCCUGGAGGAAGAUCAUUAUGGCAUGGAGGAUGUCAAGAAGCGCAUCUUGGAAUUUAUUGCUGUGAGAAAACUCCGAGGAUCAACACAAGGGAAGAUCCUUUGCUUCUAUGGGCCUCCAGGAGUGGGAAAGACAAGCAUUGCUCGCUCCAUUGCAAGAGCUUUGAAUAGAGAAUAUUUCCGGUUCAGUAUUGGAGGCAUGACAGAUGUGGCAGAAGUCAAAGGACACAGGAGGACAUAUGUUGGGGCCAUGCCAGGGAAGAUCAUCCAGUGUCUGAAAAAGACCCAGACAGAAAAUCCCCUGAUUCUAAUAGAUGAAGUAGAUAAGAUUGGGCGGAGCUACCAGGGAGACCCCUCUUCUGCAUUGCUUGAGCUUCUAGAUCCAGAGCAGAACUUCAGCUUCCUUGAUCACUGCCUAGAUGUCCCAGUAGAUCUGUCUAAAGUUUUAUUCAUCUGCACAGCCAAUAUUAUAGAAACCAUCGCUGACACCGUGAGAGAUAGGAUGGAGAUGAUCAAUGUCUCUGGCUACGUGGCCCAGGAAAAACUCGCCAUUGCAGAGCGUUACCUACUCCCUCAUGCCCGAGCCUUAUGUGGUCUGGAUGAAAGCAAGGCCAAAAUCUCAUCAGAUGUGUUGACCCUUCUCAUCAAGCAGUAUUGCCGGGAAAGUGGUGUCAGAAACCUGCAGAAGCAGGUGGAGAAACUGUUAAGAAAAUGUGCUUAUGAGAUAAUCAGUGGGGAGAUGGAGUCUGUGGAAGUAACACCUGAGAACCUACAGGACUUUGUAGGGAAGCCCAUCUUCACUGUGGAACGCAUGUAUGAUGUAACACCACCAGGUGUGGUCAUGGGUCUGACAUGGACAGCCCUGGGAGGUUCUACCUUGUUCAUUGAGACCUCACUACGGCGCCCCAAGGAAAAAGACAACAAAGAUGGGAGCCUAGAGGUGACAGGUCAGUUGGGGGACAUUAUGAAAGAAAGUGCCAGGAUUGCAUAUACGUUUGCCCGGGCAUUCUUAAUGCAUGAAGAUCCAUCCAACGAUUUCCUCUUGACCUCAAACAUUCAUCUGCAUGUUCCUGCGGGUGCAACCCCCAAGGAUGGCCCUAGUGCAGGUUGUACCAUUGUCACCGCACUGCUCUCCUUGGCCAUGAACCAGUCUAUUCGACAGGACGUAGCCAUGACAGGGGAGGUGUCCCUCACUGGCAAGAUCCUUCCCGUGGGAGGCAUUAAGGAGAAGACCAUUGCAGCCAAAAGAGCAGGGGUCACCUGUGUCAUCUUCCCUGCAGAGAACAGGACAGACUAUCAUGACCUUGCAGACUACAUCACUGAAGGGCUAGAAGUGCACUUUGUGAAGCACUAUGAUGAGAUCUUUGACAUUGUCUUUCACAAGAGGAAACUGAUGAAUGACGAACUUUCAUAG